CGGACGUCACGGCGCCCCCACCAGCCAGCGACCCAAAACCCGCGGCGCCACGAGCCCACGACGAGCCGUUGGGCGCUUGCUUCGCACGGCGCUGCGGGCGGCACAUGGGCAUGGGUACUUGCGCUCCAAAGCGCAUCUCCUUUCCCCCGCGUCCGCCCCUCCCGAUGUGAUACCCACUCCGCCGCUGCCUACGCUCUGCCGGUUGCCCUUGCCACCGCGUGCGAUCCCGUCGCGCCCUCGCUCCUAUCCCGGCGCCGAGAACCCCCCACCGUAUCACGCGAAAAAUGCCCCGUCACGUCCACCACGAGCCGGCCCCGCCCCCCUGCUGCUGCGGCUGCGGCUGCGCCGAGUCGUGCUAUUACCCCGCUCCCGCGCCGCCCCCGCCCAGCUCCGCCGCGUCCGACCACCUCCUCCAUGCCAUCGCGGCCCACCUCCUCCUCAGCUCCUCCGCGCCCCCGCCAACCCCUCAGCCCCAGCCCCAGCCCCAGCCACAGCCGCCGCCCGGUCUCGCCGCGCACCCCGCGAAUCCCUACCCCUACCAGUACCACUACCAGUACGAACAGCAGCAGGCCAAACCCCACGCCUAUACCCAUCCACCGCCGCCGCAGCAGCCCAACCCGUCCGGCGACAACGGCCACCUCCUGAUCCACUCGCUGCUGCGACGCGUGGCCGCGCUCGAGUCCGCCCUCCCCCACUACUUCCCCACCCCUCCUCCGGCGCUGCGGCCGACGCAUCCAGACCCUCGCCCGCGGCGCGCGGCCCGCAGACAGCAGGUGGAGGAGGAAGAAGAGGAAGAGGAGGAAGAGGAUGAGUCCCCGCCCUCGCCUCCGCCGCCGCGGCCGCGGCCGCGUCGACCCGCGCGAGUGCGGCCGUUCUCCGCGAGGGAGCUCGCGGCGCGGACGAUCCAGGCGCACUUCCGCCGGUUCCUGGCGCGGCGCUCCCGGACGCUGCGCCAGCUCAAGGAGCUUGCUGUGCUCCGGUCCAAGGCCGCGGCGAUCCGGGGGUCCCUCUCCGGCCGACGCGGGGGCGCCGACCCCGCGGCCGUCUCCGAGGCUGCUAUGAGCCUUCUCCUCCGGCUCGACGCGAUCCAGGGAGGGGACCCGAUGAUCCGCGAAGGGAAGCGCGCGGUGAGCCGGGAACUCAGCCGGAUCUUGGAGUUCGUUGACAAGGUGCUACUCAAAGAGCACGAGCAGAUGGCGAUGAGUGACGCGUUGGACACUGACGAGUACCAUGAAGGUUGCAAUGCUGCGUUCGUGGCAGAUCGCCCUGCUGUGAUCGAGAAGAAGGUGAGUUUCUCUGGUAAUGGUCAGGUUCACGAGCUUAAUGGAGAGACAGAGAAUGGAAAUGAGGUUGAUGAGGGCUGCGAAAGCUCGAGCUCUGCUGAGUCUGUUGAGGUGAAGGGUAUGCCCGCCAAGAAGAGCGCGAAUGGAAAGCCUGGGCUUGCGGCACCAAUGCCCGUGCACAUGGAGACGAGGAAGAUUGCUGGGGAAAGGAGAUAACUUGUGUUCUGCAUCUCGUAAUGCAACCUCAGGUUUAGAGUUCUGUGGUUUCUACAUUACUACUGUUAUUUUCCACUGAUGUUUUAUGAGGAAAGAUUGAACUCAUAAGAUGGUAGAGUUUGCACAACAGUGAACUUUAGAACUAGGGCUGUUGUAUGCUCAGAUUACCUCUUUGUUAAUUGCAAUUUUUGCUGGAAUGUACUACUGUCAGUUUUAUUCAUGGGGAUUUCUAACUUUGAUUGUUUCGUUGCACUAAAAUGUCCUGGUUCUUAAAGGAUCGAUGAAUUGGAACGCCACCUUAUUUUGA